AUGACUGUAGAAGUCCGGGACGUGUCACCCCAAAUCUGCUACUUUGGAAGUACCAAGCUAGAAGCGCGUCCCCGUCACUCCGAGCAGAGUCCCUGCGGGAGCCUCGGACCGGACCGCAAGGCCCUGUUGCCGGAGCAGCCGCCCGCCUACCACCUGGAGGCCCGGCCGGGGGACUUCGCCCGCACAGCCACAGCCGUCGCCGCCGCGCCCCCGCCGCCGCCCUACACCCACCCGGUCACAAGGAUACCUACCCGCCGUCCCAGGGUCUACGUUUCUAUCCACCGUCGAAAUGUCACCAGGUACCCUGCCCAUUCCAUUGUCGUUGGAGGCCACCCCAGUCUGCAGAGUCGGGUUUGGGAGGACUUCUUCACCUUCCUGGGCAUCUUCCUGGGCAUCAUUUUGUUCCCAUUUGGGUUCGUCUGCUGUUCUGCCUCCAGGAAGCAAAGAUACCCCAAAGGCGGAGCAAACCUUACUUUAAAGGGAACGAUACACCUGACUUUCCUACAUCCUGACAUCUUUUCGUAA